UAUGAAAAGAGGUGGGCAGAACCCAAACAGCCCCGCUGGCCGGGCCGAGCAGCAGGGAGCAAACCAAAGGCUUUGCUUGGCUUAUCCAUCCACCCUCCCGUGAUUUUCCAGGGCUUUGGAAGCUGAAGCUCCUCCGCUCACAGUGGGAUGGGUCGGUUGCAAAAGGUUCUCAUUCCCUUUCUGGGAUUGGUUUUGGCCUUCUGGUUCUAUUCUGCGAGGGACACUUUCAAACCGGAGAUGCUGCGGGGGAAGCGGGUGAUCGUGACGGGAGCCAGCACGGGCAUCGGGGAGCAGAUGGCCUAUCACCUGGCACGGAUGGGAUCCCACAUCCUCGUCACGGCACGCACCGAGGCCAAGCUGCAGAACGUGGUGCGGCGGUGCCUGGAGCUGGGAGCAGCCUCGGCGCGGUUCGUCAGCGGCACCAUGGAGGACACGGCCUUCGCCCAGCACGUGGUGAGGGAGGCACAGACCUCCCUGGGAGGCCUUGACAUGCUGAUUCUUAACCACGUCGGUGCAUCCUACUUUGGCUUUUUCGAUGGGGACGUUGAGCACGUACGAAAGCUCCUGGAAAUCAACUUCCUCAGCUACGUGGCCAUGACCACGUCAGCCCUGCCCAUGCUGAAGGAGAGCGAGGGCAGCAUCGUGGUGGUUUCCUCCAUGGCAGGUAAAGUCGGGUUUCCCUUUACCGUCCCCUACUCUGCGACUAAGUUUGCCCUGGAUGGAUUUUUCAGCUCCCUGAGGCAGGAAUUCACCAUUCAGAGCAUUAACGUUUCCAUCACGCUCUGCAUCCUCGGCUUCAUCGACACCGAGCGCGCAGUGCGCGCCGCCGCCGAGGUGCUGCGGGAGCGGCCGGCUCCGCGGGACGAGUGCGCGCUGGAGAUCCUCAAGGGCGCAGCGCUGCGCCGGAGGGAGCUCUACUACCGCUACAGCUCCACGCGGCUGCCGCUGCUGCUGCGGGACUGCGCCGCCGAGCUCCUCGAUUACCUGGUGAGGAGCCGCUACCGCCUGCCCGCGCCCCCCGGCGCCCCCCGCCCGCCGCACUGA